GCAGAAGAUCCCAGAAGAAGAAGAUGGAUUCGGAUUUUAGCUGUCCCGAAAAUGGAACUGGCACGGAUUACGCUAGCUCAGCUGAUGAUUCGACUCUGACGCAGGUUUCCACUGGCUGUUUUCACGUUAGCCCAGCUACCCGAAAAGGCAAGCGACUUCAACUCCUUCAGAUGUUAUUGCUUCCCUUCAUACCUAUACUAGCUCUAGUUGUGCAAAACGUUUUGACGAUGAAGGAUGCCAUCAGCGCACAGAAGGAAGCCACCGUCAUAGAACACCAGAUCGAUCUAACGGUGGAGGUUUGUAAACUACUCAGCGCUCUGCAGCACGAACGCAGCGAAAUUGCCCACUACAUAUUCACCAAGGGUAACAGCUUAGGCCUACCAAGCACAGAGACAUCUAACAGCAGGCUCUCCUCCCAUUCGUCGUUGUACAACAGAUCUAGCCUGUCGCACCGGUUCGCCAACACUGACGAAGCUCUGCGCAACGUCAGCGCCAUUUUCGCCUUCAAGUCGGACUCGUGGAACAGCAUCUUCGGAUCCAAAGCCAAUUUCAUGGAACAUCUCGCUUUACUCGGCGUCAAACGUUUCGGGAUUAUUGACAUUGCAGAGCGCGGUGAAGGCCAAAAGGAGAAUGCAGCCAUUCGCGAGAUCAAUUGGUAUAACGUGGCCAACGAUCUGAUUCUUGAUCAGCUGUCGACGCGGAUACGGCAGACGUCGACUACCGGCGCUUGGAGGUUGCUGAUUGCCUUCCAAUUCGUCAUCCGCUCCAUCGAAAAUUUCAGCAUCGCCAUUGUUUACGGGCUUUACUACUUCGGAAAAGGUCACCUCUCGUUGGAAAACUACGCUCGUUUCAUCCGCUAUGAUUCACUGGCACAGGUGUUUUUAUCAUCGUGGCUAAAUAAAGAUUAUUUGAACGCCACACAGCAGUUCUCCACAACGUCCGUAAACAUCUACAAGAACUUUGUCGAUGACUUUCCUUACUUCGACAAUCUAACAGCCACGAGGCUGGAGAUCUAUAGCAACCUUCAAAGAGAACCGGAUACUGAAAUUGCCACGACGUACUACGAUUACAUGUCUCUGUACAUCGAUUCGCUGCGACUACAUCAAGACAAAUUGCGCGACGAAAUCCUGGCGUCGGUUGAGGAGGACCUUGAAGAAGCGGGUACGUUGCAGACCAUCACCAUCUGCGUAUUGACGCUAGUGUUGUUCAUCUCGCCAUUCAUCAUCUUUCUAGUUCGCAACGCUACUCAAACGAUCCAGACGUUCGCCAGCGGCCUGGUAUCCAAAACGACGGAACUGAAGCGCGAGAGAAAGCGGUGCGAUCGAUUGCUAUGCCAAAUGCUGCCUAAGGCUGUCGUUCGUCAACUCAAACAGAGAAGACAGGUGCCGGCAGAAAGUUUCGACUCGGUGACCAUAUACUUUAGCGAUAUCGUCGGAUUUACGGCCAUCUCCGCCUCCAGCACGCCACUCGAGAUCAUCGCUUUCCUCAAUGCCCUUUACAAGAUGUUUGAUUCGAAACUGGAGCGCUACGAUGUUUACAAGGUGGAGACCAUCGGGGACGCGUACAUGGUUGUUUCGGGACUACCACAUCGCAACGGCUUAAAGCACGUUGGCGAAAUAGCGACCAUGUCUCUGGAUUUGAUUGCCGGUGUAAAAAGCUUUCGUAUACCACACCGUCCGAACCAGCCAGUCUGCAUCAGAAUCGGCUUUAACACAGGCCCGUGCGUGGCGGGAGUUGUCGGUACAAAAAUGCCUCGCUACUGCCUUUUCGGUGACACCAUCAACACUGCGUCUCGUAUGGAAUCGACAGGAGAAGCGAUGAAGAUUCACAUCAGUACCAGCGCGAAGGAAGCCCUUGACGCUAUCGGUGGCUACCACACGGAGCUUCGAGGCAGCUUUGAAGUGAAGGGUAAAGGAAUGAUGGAUACAUACUGGCUGACUGGCAAAGAAGGUGGACUGCCUCGCUUCCUCGAGCUGGAAGUUCCAGGCUACAUGGACGAACCUGAAUAUCUGAGAGAUUUGAGUGACUUACCUUGAACUUUCCUAUCCAUCCAGGACCAUUACUGGAUAGCGCACUUGUAUGCGGCAAUGCGUUACCCAGCAUUUCUAAAAGGGCAGAAUCAGUUAUAGUGUUUGUAAAUGAACCGGAUAAAGGUUGGUAGGUAGUAAUUAUAAAAA